CUUAGAACAAAAUAUAAGUCUUUGCAUAGCAAACCUCUUAGCUCGUAAUCAAGAAUGCAGCGAAAUUUGAUUGAAAGGGAACGAAGGUCGAACUUGAAGAAUCUAUACUCGAAGCUCUUUUCUCUCCUUCCUCCUCAACCCGCAAAGAUGUCACUCCUUGACAAGUUGGAGCUGGCCACUGUACAUAUAAAACAGCUGCAAAGACAAGUAGAGGAACUCAAGCAAAGGAAGAUGCAACUAGAUGAUCAGGAGAGUGAAGCAUGGAAUAGAGUAAAGAGCGGAAGGAUAACCCCAGUUCUAAACAUAAUAGAUUCAGAUUCUAUUAUGGAAGUAAAUUUGGUUACAGGGUCGGAUAUGAAAUUUACAUUGGGUGAAAUUAUCAACAUCAUUGAGGAAGAAGGAGCUGAAGUUAUAGGUGCUACAUAUAAUCAUGCAAGGAAAGUGAAUAGAAACAUUCUUUCGGUUCAUUGUGAGGAAAUUGGCUUUAAGGGUUCAAAAGGGCUAGAAAGAUUGAAGAGUCUGAUUGGAGAUUGCAUGUAA